GCAUCCAUAGAUUUUUCAUUUGAUACAAAUACAUAUGCAUUAGUACCAGCAAACGGCCUCAUUUUUGAAGGUGGAGCUCAAGCACUUCAUCUUUUCAAUUCUCGAUUAUUAGAUUUUGAGCAAAGUUUUCAGGGAAGCUGGUUUUCAAAGCUGUAUGUGCACUUGAGAGGGGAGGAGGGAGAAGGCAUGGAGGAGAGAGCAACAAAAGCUUGGAAGCAGCAAAAAAAAUGGGCCACCAUGUGUAAAAUAACGCCUGUUAUAUCAGUGGGGGUUCAAGCAAGAAAGUGGACAUUAUGGGUGGAGUUGUUGGAGGUUUAGCUUUUCUUUUGAUCUUCUUUGCAUUAUUUGCCUGGAUUAGACGACCAAAAACCCCUAAGGAGAUUCCUAGAGGAAAGAUAAUUGGAGCAAGCAAGUUGGACGGCCCAGUUAGUUACAGUUAUGGGGAGUUGAAGUUUGCAACCAAUAAUUUUAGGGAAGAAAAUAAACUAGGACAAGGAGGAUAUGGUGUUGUGUACAAGGGUACUCUAAAAAAUGGAAAAAUAGUUGCAAUCAAGAAAUUAAAUGUCCGCCAAUUCACGAGGAUGGAGGAAGAAUUUGAAAGUGAAGUGAAGCUGAUUAGUAAUGCUCAUCAUCUAAAUCUUCUUCGACUUCUAGGAUAUUGCAAAAAUAGGCACAACAGAAUUCUUGUGUAUGAAUACAUGAAAAACAACAGUCUUGACAAAUUCUUGUUUGGUAAGCUCCUAUCAACGCAACAUUUUUGUCUUUGUCUUUUUAAGUAGUAGUUAUAAUGAUUUACGCCCUUGACAAAAAAGUA